AUGUCGGAUGUUAAAUAUAUUUUAUUUGUAGUGCUUUGUGUUCUAAAGUGCAGUUUGUCCAACACUUUUGUGAAUGAAUUAGUUACGAGUGUACAUCAACAUGUGCAUUGCAGUCAUGAACACCCAAAAGCUGACGAAGUUAUACGGGGUGUCCAUAUAGAACCAGCGCACUUAGUUAAGAAAAGAAGUAUAGACCAACCGUUAAGAAUUAGUAUUUUUUACGACCACUCUGUAUAUAGGCUAGAACCAGAGAAAUUUGAUAUGAUUAAUAACACAAUUCUACCAGAAGCAGUCAAAUUCUGGGAAGAAGCCUUAAAAGUAAGAAAAACGGGGGGACCAAUCAGACUUAAUAGG